CAGAUUCUUAGUGGUCGCUGACAACAACUCAAUGAUGAGCUGUGUGGUUGCACGUGACCAUUCAACAACCAAUGGGAUGACGGAACACGAAUAAGUUCUGAGCUCGCAGGCUGUCUUACUACCGGAAACAAAGUUCGCGGAUGGAAAAUUGCGGGUCUGGCAGUGCGCAGACAUUAGAAUUAUCUGUUGACAUCAAUUGCGAGUCUUCCAGUACACACAGGAACUUUUAAAUUAACUGUUGACAACAAAAAGGACAGCAAACUGGCAGGAUGUGCAAUAUGACUUUCGAAGACACCGGCGGAGAUGACUCCACGGAAAGGAUGGAAUCCAUGGCAAAAGCUUUGCAGGACAUUCUGAGCUCUGCAUUGCCUCAGGGUUGCAUCACUGUCGGAGUCUAUGAGGCAGCAAAGUCACUCAAUGCGGAUCCAGACAAUGUAGUGUUGUGUCUGCUGGCCACAGAUGAUGAGGAGGAUGUGGCUUUGCAGAUUCACUUCACCUUGAUCCAGGCGUUUUGCUGCGAAAAUGACAUCAACAUCUUGCGUGUGGGCAACAUGAGGCGCCUCGCAGAAAUACUUGGUGGAGUGAAGCCUGGAGAAGACCCAAUGGACAUGCAUUGUGUCCUACUUACAAACCCUCAGUCAUGUCUUUCAAAGGAUCCUGCACUGAGCAAAGUGAACCGAUUCUGCAGGGACAGUCGUCAUUUGAAUCAGUGGGUUCCUGUUAUCAAUCUUCCUGAUUGAUUAAACUCUCUGGAGUAUCAAUAUAUUGUUUGCAUUCAGGGGAUAGUGACUGCUCAAGUGCCACUGUCUGUGUUGGACUGCUUUGGAGAGAAAAAAACCCUAGAGAGCAACAGGAGAAUCUAGGGAGGAAAUGAAUGAAAACCACAACUAAGUCAUGUGACCUGAUAAGUGCACAUGGAGGUGAGCACCGGAAGGAGGAAGCCUGGAGAAAAGUUGAAUUGAUUCCAAGAAGUGGACCAUGCUGUGGUGGACAACUCUGCUCUCAGCUUCAAGAGAUCUCUUUGAAAGUCUGACCAAAUAUAAACAUUACCUUAACAGCACGUUAAAGUAUAUUUAAGACUUGUCACGUUGAUAAGUGAAAAUUCAAAGCCAAGGGAAAGUUUUCACAACUUUCUGUUAAUAGCUUUAUUUUAUGGACAAUGCCAUGUUUUGUACUUACUUAUGUUUUGCAUUUAUUGAGUAAUAUUUAUUGUGCAUAGUUUGCUGGAUUUUGCAUUGUUCAGUUGAAUGAAAAUAAAAUGAAAAAUAAAAUAACAACAACAGAUAUUGUUUCCAGUCGCUACUAGCUUAGCCCAGUUAUUCAAUGCCAUGUUUAUGAUUUACUUUGUGAUGGGGUGUAUAAGCUUAGGUUGUCGUCCCACAGCAUUCGAAUCUUGCCCCGGCACAUCACUGGGUAGGGUAAAAGACAACUAUCUACGCUGCAGCUUUCCUACCGAGGAAAAAUAAAUACACUAUUUCGAUAUAAUAUAGCUAUGCGACCCCCUGGGAAUAACAUGCCUAGGAACUCAGGAAGGAUUGCUUAUUUGCAUAUUUUGAGAGCUUGUGACUUAGAUAUAAGGGCAGUCUCAUUGUUCAAUAUGAUCUGAGCUAAAUUUACAGCGGAUUCAGUUAAGAAUAGCAGAGAGAACAAAAAAAGAAACACAGUUCAGGACCCCUUUCAUGCUUUGAAGGAAGAGACAACUAGAACUUAUUGUUCCCUGUGCAGAAAAGGGAGGCACAAAGCUUUUAACACAGUGGGUCAUGACACAAUAGAAGCAUGAGUCAGGGCUAUUUAGGUCUCUGUUACUAGAGCUGUACAGUACUUCAGCUUAAUGGUUAAAAAUAGCUCCAUGAGUGUGGUCAAAGGUGUUCUCUUUGACCACUGCCACAUUGACAAUGGCAGGAUUUUCAUUCAACAAGCUAAUUAUUCACAUGGACUGACAUGCUGCAGAGAUACCAGUUUUCAACCAGAAUAUCAAGAAGAUAGCAAGCCUGUUUGUUUUCCUGUCAAAUCGAGAGCAGCUGAUUGGGGGCUAAAUUGAGCCCAAAUUCAGAGCUGACAAUGGUUGGAGGGUUUAUGAUGUUUUAUUAAAACACCUUGCAAAUGUAAUAAAUUGGGAACAGAAGCCA